AUGUUUGACUACAUCUACUCAUUUAUACAUCCUCAUCCAUACAUUCUAAUUUUGGACAUGUCUAUUAAUCAUGUAUGUUUUAAAACCCCACCAAGAGAAACUUGGCAAGAUAUUAAAAUAAAUCUGGAUGUAUUAUUUAGCAAAAUUAAACCAAAUAUUGUCAAAUUUUCUAAAACUAAUUAUCAACCAUUCUCCACAUGUGCUCGUGGUUCAGUUCAAGUAUGUUUUAUGAAGAAUCGUCCCACUUUGCUUUUAUCAGAACUUCCAUCAAUAGGAGAAUGUGGAUGGACAAAAUACAAUCUUGGGUCUAAUGAGUUGGCAAAGACUCAUGUUCGAUUGAGGAAACGAAUACAAGAUGUUUCCACUCAUGAUAGAAAUGACAUUGCAAAACGAUACUAUGAACAAGGACUAUUAUCAAGAUAUAUUAUUCUAUUAAUGCUUUUGGAAUGUGGUUGUACUGAACCUCAUCAAUGGUUAUAUCUUCAGUUGUUUCCAUGUAUUGAUGGGAUUGGUGAUAUAUUUGUACAAACAGUGGAAAUCCUUCAGGCUGCUAAUUCUUUAGAUCUCUCAAAACAUCUUGACCAGUGUGAAAAGACUAUUAUUGAGAUGACUAACCAAA